CUAUUGUGCUGAGUGGCAUUGUAACCAUGGAUCGUUGCAAGUUUUACCAAAAUUCAACAAUCAAAUGAAAUCUUUUUGACGUCAUCGACUAAACGGUUUAGAAGCGCUGCUGUUUGGUAACUGCAGGAGCUCAAUCGAUAUCAGCUACCUAAAAUUCGUAUUGAACGUAGCCUAGUCCGAGAGCAAAAGUACAGGGGUGUAUGUUUAAUAUGACAAUAGAAUUGGUUACGUUUAAUAUUAGAUUGUGGAAAUAUAGUGAAGCUCUAAUUUGGUGACUUCAACAAUACACAAUUGUUUCGCAAACUAAUGAGAUUUCUGUGACAGUAGUAACGUGGGAGUGAAUUUUAUUCCGUUCUCCUAUUUCAUAUUUUUAUGUUGUCUUCGUAUUAUCGUCGGCAGCCAGCUAGGCCUGCACGUAAUGCCUCGCCGAACUACGGAACCUGCUACUGGAGCAGAAAUAGAACAACCUAAGAAGAGGGUAGCUUCAAAUGGCAAUAGACUGCCAGAUCCAAUUCGUGAGGGAGAGAUAUUGGUUGAUAUUGCCAAGAACCAAUGGAAACUUGGCAGCUCAGUUGGUGUUGGAGGCUUUGGUGAAAUUUAUCUCGCAUCCAGCAAUACUUACAAACCUGUGGGUUCAGAUGCACAGCAUGUAGUGAAAGUAGAACCACAUAAAAAUGGACCUCUGUUUGUGGAAAUGAACUGUUACCUUAGAGUAGCGAAAUCAGAUAUGAUUGAUGAAUGGAAGAAGAGUAGGAGGUUGAAACAUGUAGGUUUAUCCCACUACAUAGGAUCUGGCUCGCAUGUCUACAGAGGGGAAAAAUAUCGCUUUCUAGUAUUAGAGAGAUUUGGUCAGGAUCUCGGCAAAUUGUUCCUACAGAGUGGGAGAAGGUUCCCAGUUAAGACUGUAUUUUACCUUGGCAUACAAAUUCUGGACACAUUAGAGUACAUCCAUAGUCAUGGAUACAUCCACGCAGACAUAAAAGGCUCAAAUUUGCUGCUGGGGUAUCGUAAGGGCACAGAGAAUUGUGUUUACCUACUAGAUUUUGGUCUAGCCUGCCGCUAUUUGGAUCAAAAUGGUGUUCAUAAGGAGUAUCGCUGUGACCAACGCAAAGCACAUGAUGGAACAUUAGAAUAUACCAGCAGAGACGCACAUAUAGGUGCCCACUCUCGACGUGGAGACCUGGAAAUCCUUGGCUAUAACAUCCUUCAGUGGCUGUGUGGUAAGUUGCCAUGGGAAGACAAUGUAGCCGAUCCAGAGUACAUCCAUACUCAAAAGAAGAGCUUCAUGUCCAACAUUCCUCUCCUCAUGCGCCGGUGCUUUCCUAAUUCAGAACCACCAGCUGUGUUGAGCCAGUACCUCAAGUAUGUAGCUAGUCUUGGCUUUGAAACAAAGCCAGACUACACUUAUUGUAAGAACCUGCUGAGGCAAGGUGUUGAAGAUUCUGGCUAUGUGGAUGAUGGAAAGCUUGUGUUUGGAGCUAGUCCAGUUGCAAGAAUCAUUAAGAACAAAAAGCGAGGAGAUAAACGAAGAGCAACGGAGGAACCUGAAAAUAUAGCAGAAUUGAAGCCUAUGAAAAUAAUUCGCAGUACUCUGCGGCAACCUUGUGUGGCUCACAAUUUUAAUAGGAUGACUCGAAACUCGCCAGCUUCUCCAGUACUCCGAUCACACCUGCAGUUUAGUUGGGAAAAAAUCAUAUCUGGCAAUCCUGAAAGACAGAUGAAGAAACAUGCAACAUUGAACCGUAAACUGUCCGCUCCUAUCCCAGCCAAGUCUGAACCAGUGCUGCUCAUACAGCGUCAGUCAAAUCGGGUGAAACAGAAAUUGACAGCUUCGUUGCCAGAAAUGCCAGAACCAACAAACCCUGGGAAGCAAACAGCUGACACAUCAUCAUUCAGCAACCCUACACCAGCCAUGUUGGAGAUAAUAUCAAAAAUGAGACAGAAGGCAUCAACACCAGCCAUCACAGGGGGAAAGAAGGUCAAGAGUGAGAGCCGUUGCAGUAGUCCUGUUGAGUCACCAUACUCUUAUCCAAUCACCCCUGCUAUGGAACUGGUGAUUAGACGGAGAGAAGAACUUCGGCAGCAAGAGUCUUGCUCUGUUAGUACAGAUUCAGACAGCUUCAGUGAUGAGAGCAGCUCAUCUUCUGAUGAGGAAGACUUUGUGAGGGCAACAAGAUCUAGGGCCAGGAACCGACAACAACAUAAAGUCUCUUCAAAAUCAAUUAGAACAAAAGCAAAGCUUACACCUCUGAUGCUUAAGAUGACCAGCGUGGGAACAGCAGGUAUGCGGAGAAAACUGGCUGCUGCUGCUGUGGUGCAAAAGAAGACAGGAGUGAAUCGUGGGGUAUUGCCAAGCCUCUGCCCACGAACUCUGAGGAACUACACACUGCGUGGAUGAAGUUGCAGUCAUGCAGACUGUGCAAGUUGAAUACCAGCAUAAAGUGUGAACAGCUGAAACAACACUCCAUGAAGAUCAUCCCUCUUGAUGUUGUCCAUGAAUAACAGUGUUCAUGGAAAUUGUCAGCUUAACUGCAUACUCAUUUCAUGUGCUAGACUACCCUCAUCUUUAUUUAUUAAGAAAAAUUGUCAGUACAUAGCAGCUCAUUAAAAUAUCAUAGUGGAAAUGGAAACGGUUUCAUAAUAUGCCUUAAUUAAUUUCAUGUAUAUGGACAGUAGUUAAGAACCACCAUUGGACCAAGAAGAAGUGUUGACCAGGUAUAUGCAUGACCAAUAGGGACCUCCUCUUAAUUUGACUAGUGUACUUCUCCACCACGGUGAUUCACUUUGGUGGUGUGCUAGUACCAGCUGAGGUAUUUUGCUUUUCCAGUCUGCAAGUUCAUUUGUAUCCUAUUGAAAGGGGAUCAAGAAAGUUUAUCCUGAAUACAUUCAUACUUACUAGUUGGCUGUAGGCUUAUUUGAUGUUCAUAGUGAAUGUGUAUAUGUUGUAUGUUUUGUGUACAUGUGUUGUAUGAGUCUGGUGAGUCUUUUACAAAGUGAACUAUAUUUUUACUAAUGUUGUUGCUUUCAUUAGAUUUUUGUCUUAUUUACUUUGAGUAAAAAUAUUAACAAAUAGUCUUGUUGGAUUGAUUAAAUUAACUAGAGUCAUGGUCUGUUCCUGCAAGAUUUGUUGCGAGCAUUAGCCAUUUUUUUUACUUAUCCAUAUGUAUGGAUCAGAGUGUUUGAGGAUUUUUGUGCCUUUUGUUAAAAGUGAAGCAGAUUAGAAAUAUCUUGUCCAGACUCCUGCCAGUAGACCGUGAUGUACCUUUGCUUGCUCUGCAUCUCUCGUGAAUGUGACCAUGGACAUGAUUGUAUGCUGAUGUGGAGUGGAAGAGGACCAUGUUGCAUCCUUCCAUUACUUUUGAAUCUCAUUAUGACUGGAAAGGUGAGUUAUUGGUAGCCUGAGGCAAAAUGUUGGAUGCAACAGUCUCAGAUUUCUUUUGUAGAUAUCUGCAUUUCAGUAUAUUUUGUUAUAUAACUAUGUCAGUUUUGUUCUAAACUGGCCAUACUAAACUCUUUGAUUUCAAAUUGCUGUUUAUAGCCAACAUAUUUGAGUAUAUAUGAAAGACAAGCAAUAUUCCUUGCAAAGCUGGUAGCUGAAGGCACAGAAUGGAUUAGAGAGCUGGAGACUGUUGGGAUCAUUAUGUUAUUUUCCAUUUGAAGGAUGCAAAGUUGUGUUUAUAUCAUUGCAUUAAAUGUUUCAGUGUUGUCUGUGUUUUCAGAAAGUUUUCAUCAAAGUGAAAGGUCCCAUUGUUUAAUAGUACAUGUAAAUAAAGAGAAGCUUAUGUUACAAAUCUGCCUUAAUGUGUGUCAGGUUUGGAAUUCUCGUAAAGGUGUGUGUGUGUGAACGUUCAUUAUAUGAAUGAAAAUUUGAACUUUUAAGUUUUUGGACAUGGAAAUGCAAUUUGUGUAAGACAGUAAUAAAAUGUUAUAAAUGGAA